AAAAAGUUUUUGAAAAGUGUAAAAAAUUAUUUUUAAAUUUAAAAAAUAUUGGACAAGAAUUGGCAUUAGAACUGUGCAUACGCAUAGAAUUUUGAACCAAAACACAAAUAACCAAAGCGGUUUUUUCGAUUCGAAAUUUCUGUGCUGAAGUUUUGGCGUAAAACUACCUAAAAUCCGAAAAUCGUACAAUAGCAGCUUAAAACAACCAAAGAACCCUAGAAGACAACAACAACUCCAACCCCAAUUCAGCAAUAUUUUAGCAGCAACAGCAACAACUAAACCUAACCAAGCCUAACGGUACUAACUGCAGAACAGAACAGAAGUUCAAGUCGCUAACCGGAGGAAGCUUAACGCGAAGACGCGCCGAGUUGAACCGCUAACUGCGCUUAUAUGCGCCCAUCCACAAAAACAAUCACAGCCAAAGCAGAUCACAUCAACUGCGUACACUACAACAACAACAACUGCAGCAACAGUUACCGUAAGUAGUUGUUGUUAGAGUAGCUCAAUAAGCUAACCCUAAACCACAAGCCAAGCGCCAGCCGAAGACAUUUAGUCGCAAAAACAAGAAUUCAAAUUUUUAUGCUCCAACGUAAAUACUUGAACAAGAAAAAUAUUCAAGGAUUACCCCAACAACAACAACUACAUCGUACAGAAUGUCUCUAGGAACACGUCAGACCGCCACCGAAUCGGUAGCUGAAGAGGAGAAACCACAACCACGCUGGUUCGAUUGGGUGGAGAGGAAUGCCGUGCCGAAGCGCUUCGACUUUCCGCGGCCGAAACGUGAAGUGACGCGCUGGCAGAAGCGCGGUCCGAUGACGCGACGCGAUUGGGUGCGCUUCUAUCGCUGGGCAGCAAAGAAUGCCACGCCACGUGAAAUACCGCCACCACAUUGCCCCGAGCAACCGCCCGCCAAAGUCGAAGAGGGCAAGAAAAAGAAGAAGGAAAAAAAGAAAAAGACUUACACGCUCGCUGAACUGCUCGAGCACGCGGCCCAGAUCAGUGAGCCGCGUGAACCACGUGACAAGUACAUAUUUCCACCAACGCCCGACUAUCCAUACGCGCCGAAAAUCUCGCUGAAAGAGCCAGCCAAAAAGGAUCCAGGACGACCAUUUCAGCCGAUCAAAGUACCGAAGUGGUUUCACCAUCUCGAGAACGAGACCGAGUUUUGGUCGACGCUGCGGUUUCCCAUCUUCCGUCCGGCUUUAAACUAUAAACCGACUGCGAAUAUGCUGCGACUGGCGUUGCCGCGCAUGGUGCCACCGCUACGGCAACAUUGUCCGAUACCCGAGCCGCCGAUCGAGUUCGUGGCGCCACGCCGACGCAUGACCUAUCGGCAAUGGCGCGAGCAUCUGAGACGGCUGGAGUAUCUCGCAAAGCCAACAGCGCGGCCGUACUACGUGGAAAUGUAUGAUUACGUGUACUAGUGUCGUGCGAACUUAAGUUUAUUAGUUUAUAGUCGGAAAAUUCGUUGAGUAUUUAUUCUCAUUUAUUAUUACUUUAUAAUGAUUUUAGAGCGUUAAGUUGUUCAGUGAAAUAGUUAAAAAAUAA